UAUCGGCCAUCGGUAGCGUGUGCCAAAUUGAAUUGUUUUGGUUUGUCCUCGCGGCAUUUCUUUGUUUUUGUGUUAUUUAUGAGGCUUUCCAACGAUGCUGCCCAAUCCCAACGACAAGAAGGAUCGCUAUGCCAAGUUGUCUUUCCUUGGCGAGGGUCAGUUUGCCAUUGUCUAUAAGGCCCGGGACACGGUGACCAGCCAAAUUGUGGCCGUGAAGAAGAUCAAGAAGGGAUCCCGCGAGGAUGCACGCGAUGGCAUCAACAGGACGGCUCUGCGGGAGAUCAAGAUUCUGCAGGAGCUGCAGCACGAGAACAUCAUUGGUUUGGUCGACGUUUUUGGCCAGCUGUCGAAUGUCUCCCUCGUUUUCGACUUCAUGGACACCGACCUGGAGGUGAUCAUUAAGGACACUAAGAUCAUCUUGACCCAGGCAAAUAUCAAGGCCUACGCCAUCAUGACGCUGAAGGGUCUGGAGUAUCUGCAUCUGAAUUGGAUACUCCAUCGCGAUUUAAAGCCCAAUAACUUGCUAGUCAACAGCGAUGGUGUUUUGAAGAUUGGUGAUUUCGGUCUGGCCAAAUCGUAUGGCUCACCGAAUCGCAUUUACACCCACCACGUGGUCACCCGUUGGUAUCGUUCGCCCGAAUUGCUUUUCGGAGCCCGCCAAUAUGGCACUGGUGUGGACAUGUGGGCAGUGGGCUGCAUUAUGGCCGAACUGAUGUUGCGGGUGCCCUUCAUGCCGGGCGAUUCGGAUCUGGACCAGUUGACCCGGAUCUUUUCCACCCUGGGAACACCCUCGGAGGCGGAUUGGCCUCAUUUGGGCAAGCUGCAUGACUAUUUGCAGUUCAGGCACUUCCCGGGAAAUCCACUGGAGAAUAUCUUUACAGCCGCUGGAAAUGAUUUGAUCCACCUGAUGAGCCGACUGUUCGCCAUGAAUCCACUGCGGCGAGUGUCGUGCCGGGAAGCCUUGAGCAUGCCGUACUUUGCCAAUAAACCCGCUCCCACGGUGGGCCCCAAGUUGCCCAUGCCCUCGGCCAUUUUGGCCGCCAAGGAGGGCGCCAAUGCGCAGGCCGGCGAGGAGAAGCCUGCACUGAAACGAAAGCUGGUCGAGACCACAGUGAGGGGCAAUGGAUUGGCCCAGAAAAAACGGUUGCAGUUCUAGCGCUUACUUGAGGUACCGAUAAUUUGUAAUGCCUUGCAUUCUCAACGCCAAUCAGUUGUCAGUAACUUUCUAUUAUAUCUUAAAUAUUUGUACAAGUAAUGUUUAAGGAAAAAAUUCUCACGAUUUGUUAUACAAUCCUUAUUAGAAAAUGCCACAAGGAAUGCAAUGCAUUCCUCACACAAAUCACACAUUUUCUAGAAUAUCUUAAGUAUUUAUGCUGAUGAUUCUCAAGGAUUUGUAAUGAACUUGCAUUAUUUCCUUAUUGGUUUCGCUCCUGAAAGAUUCCUAUUCUAAUUUACUUUUUGUGAACAUAUGUAUUCUUAAAACCAAUCACACAAAUAUUUAUAACUGAUAAUUCUCAUGGAGUUGUAAUUAAUUUGCAUAACUCCUUAGAAAUUUGUUUUGCUCCUAAAAGAUUCCUAUUCUAAUUUACUUGUGUGAUAGUGAUGGAAUAUUUCACUUAACGGAAAAAUAACCUUUUUGGCUCAGUUGCAAUUGAGUUGCCUGACAAAUACCUUAGUUUGCAUUGUUAUAAUUUGAAAUUGACUUGCAAACCUUCUCCCAAUUCAACUUACCUCUUUUUUUAUAUAAACGAGCAGAGGUGGAGGGAAAGUCCGUAUGAGUAAGUUAAGACUAUGCUUAAGAUGAGGAUGAUUUAUUAAA